AUGGAGAUUGAACUAAGAAGGGAGACCCGUGCCCAACAGUGGGACGUUAAAAAAAGGUUGAAUACAUACAUACAUGAUGAUGGUGAUGAUGUUCUCCUGACCGAUUCCGGCCACAGCGGCCAAUCUCCUUGGCUUGAGACUAGCCAACUGCGCAGGAGAUAUUAUAGUGCACAAGUGUACGCGCAGACACAACGUGCACUCUCUAUUCCUGUCACUCUCAUACUCCGAUGGGACGAUCACUCGACACGACCGGUGAGGCGCAGGACCGACGGCUUUACGUGCUCUCCGAGGCACGGGGGUGAAACACCGCCAACUUCCCAACUCCGGGCUGUUACUGAGACUUACUAUACAGAAAGACUCAAUAAC